AUUCUUGUGAUAGAAAGUCAUUUUCGGCUUUUCCCGUUUAGGGUUGGCCACAGUGAAUCGUCACACUCACGUGUCGUCAGUGACGACUCGCGUGUUGACGUUUGGCACGUGGUUUACGCCCAAUUCCCUUCCUGACGCAACCCUGACUCGAACCCGGGCCGCCUUAACCACAAGCCUUUGAGGGACGGCUUCUUGUGAUAAAUUAUGUUAUCUAGAGAAAAUUUUGCUUUUUUGGAGAUAAAGUAAAUUAAGCAAUUAUCAGGCGAGCGUAUUUCUCUUGAAAUAACAAAACAAUUCAAGCACCUGGCGUUCUCGGCUUCCGUAAACUGGACGUUAGCCAAGGGUUUAGCGUUAGCUUAUCGGAAAACCGAGUUAGCUAAGUUAGCCUCUCAGUGGUUUCCAGAAUUAUUUUGUGGUUUGAAUUUGUUUGUCUUCCUAUUCAAGAUAAAUAAAAUGAUACUUUAUUAUUACAUUUAAUGACGUAGCUAGCCUAAUUAUGAGCAUUUGCCGACAGGAGUUGAGCUAGACCCAGGGUUUCCAAGGUUUUCGGUUUGCUAACGGUUUGACUUCACCGGAAGACAUUUAUCAAAGGUGUGAGUAUUUCCACCUGUGUUCAGCGAAACUAUCAGAAACUGCUGCUAAUGAUGGAUUUGACAACAAUAAUAGUAAUACAAUACUACAAUCAUCCAGCCAUACAAUACAGUUAAACUUGCCGAAGAUAAAAACACAACGCUAAAAGCUUAUUUCCACUGUGGUUAUACAAACGGAGAAUAGAAAAGCACUUUCGGCUUUUCCCGUUUAGGGGUCACCACAGUGAAUCGUCACACUGACGACUUGCAUGUUGACAUUUGGCACGUGUUUUACGCCGGAUGCCCUUCCUGACGCAACCCUGAUUCAAACCCGGGCCCUUAACCUCUAACCUACCAGGGACGGAUGUCCGUUAUACAAACAGAGGCGUGCAACUAGUUUUCAAUGUGUUGAGAAGAGCUGCUGUUCCUAAUUGGCAGCGCAGUCAAAAUGGCCUUGACAUAAGGCACCUGCCAACAAUUUUAGUGUUACACUAUCGAGCAAGGCUGCUUUUUUAAUGUACAUCCAGAGUAACUGGGUGUAGUGGCUGCUGUAAGAGCCUGAGCCGCCUUCAUUUCAUAUUCAGAACCAGUAUUUAUCAACCAUCUCAGAGCAGGAACACACUCCUGUCCAAAGAUUCUAAGAAUAGCACAUUUUGUCCUUACUUUUAGGAGUAGAAGUAAGGGCUUUUAACAUAUUCCAGUGACUUUUACAGAAGCUUUAACUCAUUCUUCCACUAGUUAAAAUAGGGCUUAUUUUAAGAUAUCUACAUUUAUGUAUGAGGAAUUUACCCAAUAACAGUAGAUUAUUAAGAACAAAGGCCAAACCCGUAUCACUGACAAACUGCUCAAACCUGACAUUUUCCACCAUGAAAGGUGGUAACUGCAUUAAAAACGUUACUUGAGUAAAAGUACAAAAGUAUUAGCAUCAAAAAUAUACGUAGUCUGGUGAUUCUACUGUGUUUGGUUUGAUUCAUCUGAUGUACAUGUAGUGUACACAGUUUGUCUCUGACAAGUAGUGAAGUCCAAGUAUGAAGUAGCAGGACAUGGAAGUACAAAUACUUCAGUUGGACUCGAGUAAAUGUACAUAGUUACUUUUUACCAUGUGUUAAAUUUAAAUGUCCAACUGUUAUGUCGUUGUCUCUGAGUCUCCCUGCAGGUCCAGUCCUUUCCCUGCACUUCCGGGUGUGUCCAGUUGGGGGCAUCGAUGGCUUCCUGUUGUUCCUGUUCAGUGCUUCCUCCUCAGGCACAGAAAAAGACGAGGCAUCUGCUUCUCUGCCUUUGCUCUGUCAUCCUCCACCUCCUCCCUCAGGAAGGGGAGCGCCACACCCUGUCAGCCAAUCAGAGCUCGGCUCCACCUUCUCCAUCACAUCAUCUCAGUUUCCAAGUGGGAUUGCCACAGCAUCACAGACACCUCCCUCACGCCCUUGCUCCUUCUAUAUCUUCCAAUAUCCAACAGAAAAGAGGAAGAGGAGAAGGGAACGAGAUGGACUAAAGGAGAAGAAGUAGAGUGAUGUGUUUCCUCCAGUGAAGCUCGUCCACUCACAUUAGGAAAUCUGGCCUUGUCUUGUACCAUGAGCAUCGUAGCUCUCUCACCUGUGGCCCCCGAGCCACUGUCCCCGAUGAUCACCUCCAUCACCCCCAUCACCCCGAUCCUGGACCCUGACACCGCCACCUCCUCUUCCACUGUUUCCAUUGUCCCUCUCUGCCUGGGUCAGUCUGAGGACGGGGCCUCCUCGCCGGGACCUGACCUCAGCCAAGUCAGCCUCUCUGGGGGAGGACCUCACCUGGGGCGAGACCCCUCCCAGAGGUCAAAGAAGCCUCCACCCCUCCACACUGGAGCCGACUGGAAGGUGGUGCUCCACCUGCCAGAGAUCGAGACAUGGCUGCGAGCCACCAGCGACAGAGUCACGCAGCUCUCGCACUCUGUGGUACAAGACGGUGACAACAGACACGUGGACGUCCACCUGGUGCAGCUCAAGGACAUCUGCGAGGACAUCUCGGACCAUGUGGAGCAGAUUCACGCCCUGCUGGAGACAGAGUUCUCCCUGAAACUGCUCUCCUACUCUGUCAACAUCAUUGUUGACAUCAGGGCGGUGCAGCUGCUGUGGCACCAGCUGAGAGUCUCAGUUCUGGUCCUGAAGGAGCGUCUGCUGCAGGGCCUGCAGGACUCCAACGGAAACUACACCCGCCAGACUGACAUCCUGCAGGCCUUCAGCCAGGACCAGCACCAGACUCGUCUGGACGCCCUGACGGAGGUGGAUGACUGUGGUCAGCUGACCAUUCGCUGCAGCCAGGACUACUUCUCUUUAGACUGUGGCAUCACCGCCUUUGAGCUGAGUGACUACAGCCCCAGUGAUGAGCCUGAGGCUCGAGUAACAGAGCCAGACCACGAGGACCCCCCCCAGACGCCGACACUUGACCGAGCCCAAGGCCCAGAUUCAGAAGCGGCUUCAGUGGAGAGUGAAGGACCCUGCCUGUCAAACCACAAACUUCAUAACAGUCUACCUGAACUCACUACGCCUGGUGACGCAACUAACUAUAAUAGUUCUCCAUCAGUUUUACCCACAAUGCAAUGUGGCACGUCCAGUCACAAAGAAAGUGUGAAGCGCCUUCUGCAGGGUGUGAGCCAAAGCACCGAGGUGUCACCCACACAGCCGUCGCUUCCUAAGAGAGCUGCUCUGCUCUCAGACAGAGGAGCCUGGGUGGAGGACUCGAGGGGAGGCCUCCAGAAGGUCAGCCCACUCACUGCGCAGCAGUCCCAGGCCGAGCUGAGCCGAAGCACCCCCUCGCUCAUGGAUCCUCCAGACCGCUCCAAGUUCUGGUUGGAGCUGGACUCUGUUUAUCCAGAAAACGUUUCACAGUCCUGCGAGAACCUGCAGGUCAUGAACAGGAGAGGCCUCCAGAGAAACCAUGUGAGCUCCAGACAGGGAGGAUGCUCAGAGGCACUGACCAACCAGAGGAGCCCAUCUGGGGCUGGACUGAACGCCAACGCCCCCCUACCUCUCCUGGACCCACUGUCUCAGGAUGAAAUGUCAAAACAAAAAAAUGGGACACCGCAUGAGAGAAAUGCAUACAGCGAGGGGGAUUCUGACUCCCCGUUGCCUUCCCCCAUGAGGGAGCAGCUCCUCUUCUCAGAUGUGGAGGCAUCUGGAGAGGAGUCGGACCCUCGACCGCCUCCUGGCAAGAUGGCAGUGUGGAUUGUGAAGCACCAGGGGCAGAAGGUUUCAUCAGAGGCCAGCACACACAGGGAGCACUGGUACGGGUCAGAAGAGUUCCUGGCUCUCCCCGCCCAGCUCCAUAAGACGGAGAUGCUCGCUCUAAAACUGGAGAGUCUGGCUCAGUCCAUCCCACUGAGGCCUGGUGACUCUGGCGAGGAGGCUCUUCAGGAUGUGGAUGACUGGGAUUUGACAGAGCUCAACCCAGACUGGGACACAGGGGAGAGUGGAGACAACUUGAGCACUGCGGGGGAAGGCGGGGAUGACAUGUCUUCUCUGCCACCGCUGCUUCCUUACACACAAACCCUGCUCAGCCACCGUAGCCCCACCUCCUCCAGUGAUAUUGCGCCCUCACUGGAUGAAAGCAUCGAGUCUGGCCUGCUAAGCGACCUACAGUCUGAAGAGGAUGAGGGACGGACGUCUGCAGAGCAGCACGUGGUGGUGACAGCACCCCCGGUGGACGGACAUGGAGGCGCGUGUCUUGUGCAGAAGCUGCUAGAGGACAUUCAGAGUCAGGACAAAGACAAAGAUAUCUGGAAGAAGAUAGAGUGCUUUGUGCAGCAGUUGGACGGGUUCAUCUCGUGGCUGCAGGAGGCGCUGGACAGUACAGAGAACUGGACGCAGCCCAGACAGGAGCUGGAGAGCCUCAGGGCGUACCUGGACACACACCUGAGCUUCAAGCUGAAUGUGGACAGCCACAGCGCUCUGAAGGAGAGCAUCAUGGAGGAAGGCAGAGCACUGCUCACCGUCAUCACCUGCCACCAAUCAGGUCUGAAGGAUAUCCUCCAUAUGGUUUCCAGCCAAUGGGAUCAGCUACAGCGGCAGAUCCGGUCCUCCUGGGGCCAGUGGUUUGGGGCACAUGUUGAAGUGCCCUCGAGCAAGACCCUGAACCCCAGGUUGGCCCACUUUGAGUUCACAGAAUGCAUAGAAAAGUUCUGUAUACAGAAGGCAAAGCUACCAGUCAGUCUACGCUCCAACCCUCACCCAUGGUCACGAGCUGUGGGUAGUGACCGAAAGAAUAAGAUCACAAAUACAAGCGGCCAAAAUGAGUUUCCUUCACAGGGCGGCCGGUCUUAA